AAGGAAAUGUGAUAUUCAAACUGGGCAUCCACUUUCAAGAAUCGCAUUUUUAUCAUUUCAACAAAGAUUUUCAUUUGCAUCAUUCAACACUGAAGAACUGCACGGCACAUCAUGGCAAACUCUGCUGAAAAUCCAGGGCUCUCGGGACCAUCGAAGAUAGCAAAUCGCAGCAUGAGCACCGAGAGUGAAGAUCAGAGAAAACACUCCCAGACACCACCCAGGGAAAACGCAAGAAAGAAAAGGAAAAGGAAGAGGAAAAGGAGUGACAUCACAGGGCCUGAGAGGACAGGUGCAGGUGGAGGGAGAGCGGGAGAUGGAUGGGCGGAGGAGAACAAAGCCGAGGAUAAUAAUGGGAACUUCUCUUCUCCUUCCUCCUCUGCUCCCGUCCAACGCAUCCCUUUAAGAACUCUACUGGAGGCCGAGGCCAGGCUAGUGUACGGUGGCGAACAGGACAUUACCCACAAGUCCUCACAGGCCCCAGCCUGUGCCGGCUCACAAUUAAUGUGUCAGCCGGCUGAAAUACUGGGCCCUCGAAGUGGACCUAAUCUCAGCUCUCUGCCUCAAAUUGACAAAUGGCUGGAUGUAGCCUUACAGGAUGCCGACUCAUGCUACCGACAGAAGAGAUAUGACACCGCAGCAAGCCGUUUUACCACAGCACUCGAGUUGUGCUCCAAAGGUGCAAUCUGGGAGAAACCCGUCAAUGCUAAUUAUGAAGACAUUUCCCAGGUUGUCUGCUUCAUUGAGUCCCGACUCGUUGCAUGCUACCUACGAAUGAGGAAGCCUGACAAAGCACUUCGGCACUCCUACAGGAGCAUCCACCUGAACCCUGUGCAGUUCCGCAGCCACCUCCGUCAGGCCAUGGCAUACCGGUUGCUGGGGAACCCCUGUGAGGCAGUGAGGAGUGCAAUGAUUGCUGACUACCUGCACUGGCUGUCGGGGGACUCUGCGUCGUCGGAGGAGCACAUAAGCAAGCUCAUCAAACAGUAUUGGCAGGGACUGCUGGAAGACGCUAUAACAGAGGAGGAGGAUUUCUCUGUCAUGUUCACACCGUACUCAGGUGUCCCCAGUGAAUGCCGCAUCCAGCAGGCUGAAGAGGUCUUCCGCAAGCUGCACCCCGCCUUCACAGCCUAUCUGUUCACAGAUCCAAGUGGAGGCCACUUCCUGCCCCAGACCGCAGCCUGGAACGAGCCCACACCGCAAUCCUACUUCCUGACACUGGGCUUCAGGAGGAGCCAAGAUGGAAGCUUCCUGGAAAAGCUGCUUUGUAGGAGGAGUCCUGAGUUCACAGGACUGAGAGCCCCCUUCUCUCCACCGCAAGUGGAAGAUGCAAUGAAGAUGUGUGCGCGUCUGGGACGGAGGAUUCUGCCGGUUCUUGAUUUUAUUAAGUGCACCAAACUAGCAGUGGGUAUAUUUUCAGUAGCUUUCGCUGUUGGUGAAGACCGACAACAUUCUCCAUUACGGUUUGUGAAGCUGACGGGCGAAAGGAGAUCCACGGCACGCCAGGGCUCUGCCAAAUUAGUCUGUCUCGGCGAGGAGAAAGGAAGGGUUGCUCUAAUGGUCCCCUGCUUCCGUCACCUGCAUCAGAUUGCAACCAAUUUAACACAUUCAACACAAACCAUUUGUUUUUUAAUGGAUAGAGUAUUCUCUAUUUACCUUUCUAUAGUAUUUCUUAUGUAUCUAUAUGCAUAUGAAUUGUAUGUGUGUGUGUGUGUGUGUGUGUUUGUUUGUCCAUGUGUGUGUGUGUGUGUGUUAUUGUUUAUGUAUGUGCACACUCUUGUUUUGGCAGAAGUGAUUAUGUUUGUGCACAGGUACUCACAUGAAUGUGAAUGCAUGUGUAUGGAUAUGUAUAUGUGUUUGUGUGUAUGUGCGUGUGUGGUGACUUGUGCUCUCUAUCAGGUGGGGUUAUCCACAGGUGCUGGGCUCAUUGAGAGGCUCCAGUACGCCGGUGCCCUGGGCCAGCUGAGGCGCGUGAGUGAGGAGACGCAGGUCCUGCAGCACACACUGGCAGAGCUCAGCGUCGCCCCCUAUCUGCAGGACAUCAGCACUGCAGAUUUCAGACUGCUGCAGAUGCUAAUGGCAGACACAGUGGACACCCUUGAAGGAAGGCGGACGGAUGGCGAACGUGUGUGGAAUGAAAUGCUAAAGGUGGGAGCGAUGGAGGAUCUGGUGUACGAGCUGGAGGAGGCCUACCUAAGGAGCAAGGCCACGAGAGCCAGCAGGACACAGAGAGCCCGCCAGAGACGGCAAGCCAGGAAGGAGCAGCAGGCCUCAUCCAAGACCUCCUCCUCCGCACCUCCCCCUCCAUCUCUACCACCACCUCAAUCUUCACCCCUCCACCCAGCCUCCCCAGGCCCCCAGGACCCUCCCCCAGUGGAACCAGAACCCAGAGGGCCCCCCGUCCCCAGCCCCGGCGGCCCUGACCGUGCUAGCCAGUCCCCGCAGGAAUGAACCUCUCUCGCCCUCCCUCUCUCCCCGCUCUGCCCUCUCUCA